AUGGAAGUCGUCAUUGUUGAUGAUGUGCAUAAUGUUGCUGACGUUGCAGGCAUCGCUGCUUUUGCUGCAACCCAUUCAAAUCCGCCACUUUCUGAAGAUGCACAUACUGGAGUUUCAAACCCUGAUGUUGCAGCCUCCGCCGCUGUGGUAGCCUCCAAUUCUAAUCAGCGACUUUCCGAUAGUGCUCCCCGGGAGUUGGUUCAGGAGAGCUAUGAUCAAGGUGACAAGAAUGUCAUUAACUUUGGGGUUCAAACCAAAGGAGAUGAUUCACUCAUGGAAAUAAGUGCUCAAGAGUAUCAAAGGAGUUUGACUCUAGGGUCGGCUUUGGGUUUGACGGUGACGGAGAAGAUUGGUAUUCCAGUCGACAUCCUUGAAAGUCUGCCGCUUUCCUUGAUCCCUGAACAAAUGGAGGAAGAAGGAACUCCUCGGCUAUCUGUUGACGUUGCUAUUGAAAAAGAGAAUUCAGUGCACCCCUCAAUUUCGAUUCCUGAUCAACAAAAGUUCGCUGAUCAACGCCCCUCUCAAGAAAAUGCUGCUGCUACAGACAAUCACGAAGCAUUCAAAGCCACACAAUAA